UUAACUCAGUCAACUUUUGCCUUACAAUUUAAAUUCGUUUCGACUGCAAACUAUGGAAAAUUUUGUUUUCCCAUUGAUGACAGAACUAUAAUAAUUGGAAAUCUUCAUCUCAAUUAAAUAUGUUGUGGAGUCUUGUAUUGUUUCUGCUUGCAUUUAGAUCAGUUUAUGGCUUUAAGUUCACCAUCGUUCACAAUAAUGACAUGCAUGCUCGCUAUGAUCCAAUGAGAGGUAAGAGUGAUAAGUGCUCCAAGGAGGAGAAUGCCAAGGGUUUAUGCUUUGGAGGAUUUGCAAGAGUAGCCACAGCUGUAGCCAAUGCUCGAGCAGAGGGACCAACGUUGUAUCUCAAUGCGGGAGAUACUUUCCAUGGCACCUUGUGGUAUCAGGUCUAUAAGGGCCAGUUGGCUGCGCAUUUAAUGAAUCUGCUCGAACCGGAUGCAGUGGCACUGGGUAAUCACGAGUUCGAUGACAACGUCACUGGAUUACUUCCCUUUGUGACCAUUGCCAAAUUUCCGAUUGUCUGUUGCAAUCUGGAUAUUCAAAAGGUUCCGGAGCUACAAAUAUUUCCGAACUUGGUACGGUCAACAGUAAUCACAAGGUUGGGCAGGGACAUUGGCAUUAUUGGCUACAUAACGCCGCUUACAAAAUACUACGUGCCAUAUAAUCAAGUUGAAUACCUCGAUGAGAUAGAGUCCAUUAAUCAAGAGGCAAGACUGCUAACCAAACAAGGUGUAGAUAUUAUAAUUGCAUUGGGACAUUCUGGAUACGAAAAGGAUCGCAUGAUAGCCUUAACAUGUCCGGAUGUUGAUGUCGUUAUCGGCGGACACUCGCACACAUUUCUUUAUAGCGGAACUCCGCCGGAUUACGAUAGGCCAGAGGGUCCAUAUCCCACUGUGAUAACUAGACGCAAUGGCCAGAAAGUACCUGUAGUUCAGGCUUAUGCCUUUACCAAAUACUUGGGCAGAAUUGAGCUGGAGUUUGAUGAUAUGGGCAAGUUAAUAAACUUCGAUGGUGCUCCUAUGCUGCUUGAUAAGUGGGUAUCGCAGGAUGCGAAUAUCACGAAUAUCUUGGAUAUUAAGAGAAAUAACAUUGAUUUGCUCGAAAAACAAUAUUCAGUAGAUCUAAUCGAAUUUAUGAAAUACAUUAAGUCCGGGAAUACUGAAAGCGAUGAAGACAUUUCCUUGUCAAAUGUAGACGCAGACAUAUUCUCUGUUGCAAAUUUGAUCAAAUUUGUAAAUCUAGCCAACCUAUUGGGAACGAUUGUAUUCAUAUUCAUAUUGUCUGCAGUGCGCUUGACUCACACACAUUUAGUACACGUAAUUUUUUUUUGUCGUAUAUUUCUAUUGCUUUGUAAACUGUUACCUUAUUUUAAUUUCGCCAUUUGCUUUAAAAAUACGCGAAAUAUUAAUAAUAAGCAGUGUCUUACAAAAAUGCUCUGCAGUUUUCUAUUAUGUUUGAUCUUUCUCGACCAAGGACGUGGUUUCAAGUUCAGUAUACUGCACAACAAUGAUAUGCAUGCUCGCUAUGAUCCGAUGAAGGGAAGCAGUGAGAAAUGCCCCAAAGGUGAUGAUGAGAAGGGUCUAUGCUUUGGAGGUUUCGCUCGAGUGGCCACGGUUGUAGAAAAAGCCCGUGCUGCGGGUCCGACGCUCUAUCUAAAUGCUGGUGAUACAUAUCAGGGCACGCCUUGGUAUACAUUCUAUAAGGGCGAGUUUGCAGCUGAGAUGAUGAAUAUGCUGAAUCCAGAUGCAAUGUCGCUGGGUAAUCACGAGUUUGACGACAAUGUCGAUGGACUGUUGCCGUUUCUGAAUCUCGUUAAAUUUCCCAUAGUCUGCUGCAAUUUGGACUUGCGAAAAGUGCCUUCAAUGCAAAAUAUCAAGAGUCUGACUAAAUCCAUAGUCAUUCGGAAAUUGGAGAAAGCCAUUGGCAUCAUAGGCUAUUUAACGCCCGAAACGAAAAAUCUGGUUACAGCCAACGAUGUGGAGUAUUUCGAUGAAAUUGAUUGCAUUAAUUCGGAGGCGAAAAAACUUGUCGAGCAGGGAGUUAAUAUUAUCAUAGCACUUGGACAUUCCGGUUAUAAUAGGGAUCAGGAAAUCGCCAAGAAAUGUCCUGAAGUCGACCUUGUCAUUGGAGGACAUUCGCACACGUUCCUCUACACCGGUGCGCCGCCUGCCAAGGAUAUGCCCGAGGGCAACUAUCCGACUAUUGUGAUCAACUCAGAUGGUCGAAAGGUGCCAGUCUUGCAAGCUUAUGCAUACUCCAAAUACUUGGGUGAAAUUCAUCUGGAGUUCGACAACGGAGGCAACCUCAUUAACUUUAGGGGCAAACCAAUUUUGUUGGACUCGUCGGUGCUCCUCGAUAGCAGUAUCAAGGCUGUAUUGGACGCAAAGAGGAAAAAAAUAGAUGAGCUUGAUGAACAGAUCGUUGGCAUAUCGAAAGUCUUUCUUAACGGCUCCACGUGCCGAAAGGCAGAAUGCAACUUUGGCAAUUUAAUUACCGACGCUAUGGUCUAUGGUCGUAUUGCUGAAGAUCAGGGCGGACUUUAUUUCACGGAUGCUGCAUUAGCAUUCUGCAAUGGCGGCGGAAUUCGUGCAUCCAUUGAUCCGGGACUAGAGGCAAUCGUAACCGGAGCCGAUGUCGCGACCGUGCUGCCCUUUGGGAAUACUCUGUCGGUGACCCGUGUCAAGGGUAUGAAUAUCAUCAAAUCGCUGGAACACUCGGCGUCGUUGCGUAACAUAGACUGGUCUGGGGGAUUUCUGCAGGUCUCUGGCUUGAAGAUCAUCAUUAACUACAAUCGACCCAAGGGAAAACGUGUCACAUCGUGCCAAGUGCUCUGCGCCGAUUGUGCAAUUCCCCAAUACCGGCCAUUGGAUAAGCACAAGUAUUAUGGGGUGAUUGUGCCCACUUUUAUAUUGAACGGCGGCGAUGGUCAUAAGUAUUUCAAGGAUCCAAAUGAGCAUAUCAGUGUUAUGCAAAUGAUUGAUCGUGACAACUUGGUGAAAUAUUUUCAAGAGCAUAAAGUGAUUUAUCCUUUUCUGGAGGAGCGCAUCAAAAUUGUGGAAAGGCAUCGCAAAUCAUGUGCUUCAUCACUACGUUCGAUAAUUUUGUACAUUUUCACAGUUUUGAAAAUACUUUUAACAAACUAAGAUAAAUAAACAUGCGCAAAGA